UGUCGUCCUACACAAUAUUUUAAAGAGACAAUAUGUUAACGCAAUGUCACAGAGAUGAUGGUUCUUCUUAUCAUUGUAAACGAAGAGACAACUUUGACUAAUUAUGUGUGAUAGCGACUCAGGACUAUCUAUAAGCAUGAAUGGGAGUCAAAAUGAUUCACCUACUCAAGGUCUUGUUUUCAUUAGAGUCACUAUGCCAGACGAGACCAGUGAAACAUUUAGUUUCAGCCCAACAGAUUUAAUCGUGGAUGUCAAACUCACAGCUAUAAAAAGAUCGAGUUCUUGCUUGAAGGAUGAGUUGAACUAUGGUCUGUUUCUUCCUCCGUCAAAAGGAAAAGCUGGAAAAUUCUUGCAAGAAGACAGAAUGUUACUAGACUAUCCCUUCGAGGGUUCGGUUGGUCACUUAGAGUUGAAAUAUAAACAACGCGUCUAUCGUGUUUUGAGAACAAAUGUGAAUAAGCUCCGUAAAAUAAAUACCAAGUCGUGUCAUUUUGCCUACGAUAAUCAUAACAAUUGGGAAACCUUUCUUGUAUUGGAUACAUCAUGGUCUUUCUCUCGCUUAUUCUAUUCGUCUAUAAAUUCGACUUGUAUGAAUAUGGAAAGUAAUUAUAAUUAUUUUUCACUAAUGAACUAAAUGACGUUUUGGAUUUUGAUCACAAAACUGCAUUUGCAAAACAUAUCAUUUAUUCAUACGAAUUAGUACUUAUUGGCAAUAAAUAUGGUAUACGAAAUGAAUUUACUUCAUCUCUCAAUGUUUGUUACUCUUGCCCUACAACGUAUACGGAGGGAAAUAACUACAAGAAAAAUGAAUAAAUUAUGAACUUAUCGUUUUCAAAUCAAAUUGCUUUCAUUAUAAGGAUUUAGAAUUUGGGAAAUUGUAGUUGUACUAAGAGGUAAUAAUUAACCUGUUGGCAUAUAAUUUCUCAUGUCUGAUUACGAUCAUGAAACUUAGUAUUAGGUUAGAUAUGGAAAUGAAUUCAUGUAACACAAUCUGAUCAAUAAACUAUACCAUAUCCCUUUUGGAGGGGCGUACCGAUUUAUCUAGGGAAUGCGCUUAAAAGUUAAAAUAUGAAAUUGUAAAACAGUUGAACUUGAACAAAGUUCGCAAAACAGAUAUGCGGAAACGAGUUGC